AUCGAGCCAACACCGUAUAUUACACCGCACACGCGUUGACGCUGAUCGCCACGCCGAGUCAGUUUCUCUCCCGUUCCUUCUGCCUCGUCUCCCGUCGCCAGCGGCCGGCCAUGGCGAACGACGGCUCGCCGAGCGGGCGCGGCGGCAGGGGGUGCGGUACGCCCACGCGCGUCGACCUCCUGGCCCUCCUCCUCGCCGCGGUGCUCUGCUCCGCGUCCUACUGCCUGGGGUUAUGGCAGAACAGCCGUGGCGCAGCGGGCAGCAGGGUCCUGGCCCUGGGCCUGGCCGCGGCCGUCCCCGUCGGCGCGACGCCGUCAUGCGCGGGAGACUCCGACGAGCCGCUCGACUUCGAGGCGCACCACAACGCCGAGGACGCCGGGCUAUCCGUGUCGGCGACGGCGGCGAGCACGGGAGCACGCCGGGCGCUGCGCGGCGCCGCGACCGGCAGAACUGGGUACCGCGGCGCGGCCUCGGCGGCGCGCGUCGUCGGCGGCAGCGGCCUCCGGUUCGCGGACGCCGGCGCCGUCGGCGGGUAGGCCGAUGCCGUGCGUCCAGCAGGGCCGCCGGGGCCCCGGUGCGCGCCGCUCUGGACGUCGUACGGUCGGAGCCGCUCUCGGGUCCUCGCGAUCCCAAAUUCCCAAUGCAUGGUCGCCUGUUCUGUUCAGGGAUUGUGAAUUUACAUUCGAGUCCCUUUUUUAUGUGCUGUUUAGAGUUUGAUAUGAUCUUGGGGGUCUGUGAGAAAAUUUCCCCUGCAGUUGCAGCGACAGUGACUCGUUGGAAUUUUAGUUGAUCUAACCCGAGGAGCGUUCCCGAUUUUUUAUUUUAGUGUGGUGGGUGCUUGUAUUGUAGCCGGACGGCAGCUCUGCACUUUAGUGGGCGACCAAAUCAAGAAAGCGCUAGAAAGCCAGGAGAAGCAGUGACGUGGUCCGCCAAGAGACUUCUGAAUUCUAAGUUGUCACAUUUUAUUUUAAAAUAUUAUGACAUUUUUGUUGUACCAAAUGGUGAAAAGGAGUAGAAGAGACAAAGAUUAGCGCCAAAA